AUGGGGGUGGAGCUGGGGCCGGAGGACGUGCCGCCAUCCGCGUCGGCGCAGGAGUCGCAGCCGGUGUUCCUUAAGACGUCGAUUGGGCAGGUCGACGGGCUGGAGGACGCCGCCGACGUGCCCGUCAACUCAUUCAUCGACAUCGAGCCAAAGCGCCCUCUCUCCCUGCCGCCGCCGCGCCCCCGGAGCACCUGCGGCUUCCGCUGCGUCCACCUCCGCCCCUACGACGUGUAUUACGCGGAGAUCCGCUCCGGCGAUACACGCCUGUGGCUUGGGACGUUCGAGACCGCCCACAAGGCCGCCCGUGCGUACGACGCGGCGGCGUGGCGCCUCGGGAGUCGCAGAUGA